AUGAAGGCGAAAGGAUGUAGCAGCAGCAACAGCAGCAGCAACAGCAGCAGCAGCAGCAGCAGCAAUAGCAGCAGCAGCAGCAGAUUUACAGUUAAAACUGCGGUGGUGCAGCAGCAGCAGCAGCAGCAUCAACAGCAGCGCCAUCAGCAGCAGCAGCACCAACAGCAGCAGCAACAAAACCACCAUCAACAGCAGCAUGAACAGCAGCACCAGCAGCAGCAGCAGCAGCAGCAGCAGCAGCAGCAGCAGCAGCAUGAACAGCCGCAUGAACAGCACCAUCAACAGCAGCAGCACAAACAGCAGCAGCAGCAGCAUGAACAGCAGCAGCAGCAGCAGUAUGAACAACAGCAGCAGCAGCACAACCAGCAGCAGCAGCAGCAGCAGCAGCAGCAGCAGCAGCAGCAGGAUAUAUUUACAGUAGCAAUAGCUGCUGUGUUGUCUACAUGUUUUAGUUUCUGCUGCAGCCGCUCGCUCCAUACAACAGCAGUUCUCUCUGUCCCCCUUCUUUGA